UUUUUUCUUUUUCUUUCUUUUUCUGUAUUGAUUUAUAAUGAGUGCAAACAUUGAACAAGCUAUUGAUGAGAGUUUGUAUUCUCGCCAACUUUAUGUUUUAGGCCAUGAAGCCAUGAAGAAAAUGAGCACUGCUCAUGUAUUAAUUGUUGGCUUAAAGGGUCUUGGUGUCGAAAUUGCCAAGAACGUUGUUCUUGCUGGUGUAAAGAGUGUUACACUCUAUGAUCCUGAACCUGCUCAAAUCAGCGACUUGUCCACACAGUUUUAUUUGACAGAAGAAGACAUUGGCAAACCUAGAGCACAAGUUACUCAGCCCAAGCUUGCUGAAUUGAACCAAUAUGUUCCAGUUCAUUUAUUAGAAAAUGAGUUAACUGAAGAUGUAUUGAAGAACUAUAAAGUUGUAGUUGUUACAGAUAUGCCCCUUUCCAAGCAGCUGCAGAUUUCCGACAUUUGCCAUGCAAAUAACAUCCACUUUAUCUCUACCGAAGUUCGUGGUCUCUUUGGUCGUAUCUUUAAUGACUUUGGACCUAUGUUUGAAAUUAUGGAUGCAACUGGUGAAGAACCUUUGACCGGUAUGAUUGCAGGCAUCUCCAAGGAUGAAGAAGGUGUUAUCACCUGCCUAGAUGAAGUACGUCACGGUUUAGAAGACGGCGCCUAUGUAACGUUCAAGGAAAUUGAAGGAAUGGAGGAAUUGAACAACUGCACUCCUCGUAAGAUCAAGGUCCUUGGUCCCUAUACCUUCAGUAUUGGUGAUACCUCAAAUUUUGGAGAUUACAAGAAUGGAGGCAUAUUUACUGAAGUUAAGAUGCCAAAGCAAGUUGAUUUUAAAUCAUUCAGAGAAUCCUUAACCAGUCCUGACUUUUUGAUCUCUGAUUUUGCUAAAUUUGACCGCCCUAUGCAAUUACAUCUUGGCUUCCAAGCCUUGCAUACCUUUGUCGAGAAGCACGGACGAUAUCCCAAGCCUAGAAAUGAACAAGAUGCAAUUGAAGUGUUUGAAAAGACAAAGGAAUUGGCUGAGAAUUUGGAAGAAAAGCCAGAGAUAGAUGAGAAAUUGAUCAAGGAGUUGGCCUAUCAAUCUCAGGGCGAACUCUCGCCCAUGGUUGCUGUAUUUGGUGGCAUGGCAGCUCAGGAAGUAUUAAAGGCAGUAAGUGGCAAGUUCUCACCUAUUCAUCAAGUCAUGUACUUUGAUGCCCUUGAAGCACUUCCUACCAGUGUUACAUUAUCCGAAGAACUCUGUGCUCCUGUCGGUUCACGCUAUGAUGGUCAAAUUGCUGUCUUUGGUCGUGAGUUCCAAGAAAAGGUUGCCAAUACCAACGAAUUCUUGGUUGGUGCUGGUGCUAUUGGCUGUGAAAUGCUCAAGAACUGGGCUAUGAUGGGAUUGGGCGCAGGCGCAAAUGGUCACCUGACUAUCACAGAUAUGGACACUAUUGAAAAGAGUAAUCUCAACAGACAAUUCUUGUUCAGAGCUGGUGAUGUUGGUAAAUUAAAAUCUGAAUGUGCCGCAGCAGCUGUCACCAAGAUGAAUCCUGACUUGAAAAACAAGAUCACUAUUCAUCAAGAACGCGUAGGGCCAGAUACUGAACAUAUUUAUGAUGAUGAUUUCUUUGAGUCUUUGGAUGGUGUAACUAAUGCUCUUGACAAUGUUGAAGCUCGUAAAUACAUGGAUAGAAGAUGUGUUUAUUACAGAAAGCCGCUCUUAGAAUCUGGUACUCUUGGUACCAAGGGUAAUACUCAGGUCAUUAUUCCCUUCUUGACCGAAUCCUAUUCCUCUUCUCAAGAUCCUCCUGAAAAGUCUAUCCCCAUCUGUACACUCAAGAAUUUCCCCAAUGCCAUUGAGCACACUAUCCAAUGGGCUCGUGACUUAUUUGAAGGCUACUUUAAACAACCUGCCGACAAUGUUAACUUGUAUUUGACUCAACCCAACUUUGUUGAAGCAACUCUCAAACAAGGCGGUUCUAGCAAAGAAACAUUAGAAUCUGUCAACAACUACUUAGCCACUGAUAAGCCCGAAAGCUUUGAUGACUGCAUUACUUGGGCACGUCUCAAGUUUGAAGAAUUAUACAGCAACAAUAUCCGACAACUCUUGUUCAACUUCCCUCCUGAUGCUGUGACUUCAACAGGUCAACUCUUCUGGUCUGGACCUAAGCGUGCACCUUCACCUCUUAUUUUCGAUAUCAAUAACAAAACACACUUUGAUUUCAUCGUUCAUGCUGCCAAUUUGCAUGCUUAUAACUACGGCAUCAAGGGUGAAGCGGAUGAAGCCUACAUCAGAAAGGCACUUGACAACGUCAUGGUGCCUGAAUUUAAGCCCAAGGAAGGUGUCAAGAUCCAAGUACAAGAAAAUGAGACAGUCGAAAAUGAUAGUGGCGUAGAUUCUCUUGAUGACUUGAUCAACAAACUGCCUUCACCAUCUUCCUUUGGCAGUUUCCGUAUGCAACCUGCUGAAUUUGAAAAGGAUGAUGAUAGUAACCAUCAUAUUGACUUUAUCACUGCCGCUUCUAAUUUGCGUGCAAUGAACUAUGGCAUUACCAUUGCCGACCGUCACCGAACCAAAUUCAUUGCAGGCAAGAUCAUUCCUGCUAUUGCUACUACUACAGCCUUAGUUACUGGUUUAGUCUGUCUUGAAUUGUACAAGAUCAUUGAUGGUAAGAAGGACUUAGAGCAGUACAAGAAUGGCUUUGUCAACCUCGCUUUACCAUUCUUUGGAUUCUCUGAACCUAUUGCUGCGCCUACACUUGAAUAUAACGGCGUCAAAUUCACAUUAUGGGACCGCUUCGACAUUGACCGUGAUAUGACUUUGCAAGAAUUCAUCGACUACUUCCAAAAGGAACACAAUCUCGAAGUUACCAUGGUUUCCUCGGGUGUAUCCAUGCUUUACUCCUUCUUCCUAAACAAAAAGAAGGCAGCAGAAAGGCUUAGCAUGAAAUUGUCUAAAUUGGUUGAAACUAUUUCAAAGAAGCCUAUUCCACCUCAUGUGAAAUCCUUGAUUUUCGAAGUUUGUGUAAAUGAUGUCAAUGACGAAGAUGUUGAUGUACCUUAUGUUCGUGUCAGAAUUAGACAAUAAUUUUGAUAAAUUUUAUAUGUUGAAUAAAGCCUAUGAUCACGCUUUUUUUUUU